AUGGCGUCCUCGCGAGGUGUGACCCUCAUUGGUGCGGGGACACAAGGAACGCGGCUUGCCUACAUGGUAUUUCACGUCGUCGACAAGAGCCGUGAUCAGCUGGAUCGUUCGGCCAAAGAGAUACGUCGUCUCCGCAAAGAAUGGCCUUUGCCGUCCCUCCCCGGCCGCCGCGGUGGCAACACGGACUGGGGCGAGGCCUCGUUCUCAUCUCCUGACAACCUCGAAACGGCCAUCCACCAGUCGUGGCUCGCGAUUGAGUGUGUGCCGGAGUCAAAGCCGCUGAUGAAAGCAUUGCUACAGCAACUGGAUGGAAUCGCACCUCCAGACGUCAUUGUUGCCUCCAACUCGAGCAGUUACACCAUCAGCGAGCUGUUGGAAGGACUCGCCUUGAAGGCGCCCGACCGGUUUGCUAGCAUCCACUCAUACUGGCCACCUGAGACGACACCUGUCGAAAUUAUGGGGACCGACACAACCCGGCCCGGAAUCGUGGACGUCUUGAUGCAGGAGAGCGCUGCCCACGGCUUCCAGCCGUUCCAUGUCCGCCGAUCGUCCACCGGCUACAUUUACAAUCGCAUCUGGGCCGCCAUCAAGCGCGAGACACUGCUGGCGUUGGACGAACAGGUGGCGACCCCGUCUGAGAUUGACGCCCUGUUCAAGGCCGUCCUCAAGACGCCCAAGGGGCCCUGCGAGCAGAUGGACACUGUGGGUCUCGACGUGGUCCUCGCGAUUGAAGAGCACUACGCCGAGGAGAGGCAGUUGCCAGAUGCUCCGCGCACGUUUUUGAAGAAUAUGAUUGCAGAAGGCAAGCUGGGUGUCAAGUCAGGCGAGGGCUUUUUCAACUACGAGAAGAAAUAG